UCAGUUAAAACCAAUCAACGUUAGAUGUUCACUUAUUCACCUCUGAAAUUAAUAGUUCAGUGUUUUGGUUUUGAAUUAUCGCUUAAAUAUGUUAUUCAGUGAAAAUUAUUAAUACUGUAAAUUACUUGAUUAUAGUUAAUCUCUUUAUUGUUUGUAUAAAAUUGUGCUUGUUUAAUGUGAAAUUUACAUUAAAAUUUCAUUAAUUUCGGGAUUAAUCAGAGGACCUAAUUGGGAUGGAGGAUUCAUUUGAUUACUGGGACAUUUACGUGCACAAGAGACAUGAAAAAAUCAUUAAGAUUGGCCGUGUGAAGAUCUGUAAUCAAGGAAUCAUCUUCAAGAGCCAAAGGACUGGUAAAGUUGAACAUUUUCUCAAAGGAGAUGUUGAUGAGAUUGACUGGCAAAGGUUACCAACCAAUUAUAGUCUUAAGGUCGCUCUCAAAAACGGAAGCCUUUUCAGGUUCAUGGGAUUUCAGGAAAUGGACUUUAAAAAGUUGAGACAAUUAAUAGAAAAUAGCCUUGGUCUUUUUCUAAAUCAUCGAGAACCUUCUCAAAGCGAUCUGAAUUGGGCGACGGCUGCAUUGAAAGGAACUACUUUGUCUUUCGAAAAACUCGAUUCAAAACCAUCGCUUGAGAUUCCAUCUAUUACUGAUUCUCUUUGUACUUCGGUUGACAAAAAGUUUACUCCUGAUAUCUGUCAAAGUGCAACUGUAGAUUGUCGAGUUCAAUCAAUCACCGAUAAUGUUUCUAAUGAUGUUCAAUCCACUGGCAAUGCUAUUGUUUCAUUCAACGACUUACAGUGUCUCACACCUUAUGAUCGUUAUGACAUCAAAAUUUUUUCGACUUUCAUUCACUUUGUUGGUAAAACUUUCGAUUACAAGAUUCCUCUCACCGCCGUAAUCAGAAUUUUCCGUCUACCUCAUAAUAAUGAUCGUGGAUUUUACUUUGUCUUGAAAUUGAAUCCACCGAUUGAACAAGGAAAAGCCCGUUAUCGCUUCAUAAUUUUACUCUUUAACAAAGGCGAUGAAACAAGUUUAGAAUUAAAUAUCACCGAUAAAGAAUUAUCGGAAAAAUAUGAAAAUAAACUUGAGAAAAUGGCUGGGCCAACAUAUGAUGUUCUUGGUCAAAUUAUGAAGGUUCUGGUUCAACGUGAGAUCGUAUCUCCAGGAAUUACUGGCCCGAGGUCUAAAACUCAAGCGGUAUUUUGUUCUUAUCGAGAUAAACUUGGCUUUUUGUAUCCCCUUGAGAAAGGUUUCAUUUGUAUUAAUGAGCUACCGGUUCAUGUUGAAUUUGAUGAAAUUUCGUUCAUUUGUUUUGUUCAAGACAAAGAAUCAACUUGGUCUUUCAAUUUUGAAGUUGAGACCAAAUUGGGUGUUGUUCAUAGUUUCAGUUACAUUAGAAAAGGACAAUAUUCCAAAUUAUAUAAUUUCGCCGUUAGUAAAAAACUUCGCGUAGAAAAUCGUGGAACUGAAGUAAGUGGAACAACCACUGAUGAUGAUGAUCAUGACUCUGAUGAAGGGACAGCAUCUGAUGCUCAAGUCGAACACGAAGACUCAGUGGAAGAAGAAGAAGCUGAUGAUGAUGAUGACGACGACGAGGAAGAAGAAGAAGAAGAUGAAGAUAAAGAAGAAGAAGAAUGUGAUUCUGAUGUAUCAUCCGGUGCUGGUGAAAAUGAUGAAGUAGAUUUUGCUGAAGAAUUUGAUUCUAAAGCAUUAGAAAGUUCGUCAAGUGAAAAUUCUGAGGCCUCGCCUCGAGCUAAAAGACGAAAACAUGAAAGAAAAGCAGAAGAAGAAGAAGAAGAAGAAACAAAGGAGGAAGAACAAAAAAGUAAAUCCAAAAAAAGGAAAAGUGAAAUUAAAUCGAUAGAUUGUAACUAUCGAAAUGAAUCUGGUUCACUGCAAUUAAGAGCAGAAAGUUUGUUCUAUUCUUAUCGACCGCUUAACUUUGAUAAAAUUUUAUCCGCCAUAUUCGUUCGCUCUAGAACGUUAACGUUAUCGUUAACCCAAUUAUUCGAUUUAAAAGUUACAACAAAGAAGAAGAUUCACACUUUCAGUUUCAUAAAUGGUCUUGAGUAUUCGCGAUUGUGUGAUGAGUUCAACAACUCACAACGUUUUUCUCAAGAAACUGGUAAUGAAUCGAGCGAAGAAACUGGUUCGUUGUAUAGUUGGCAAAGAGAUUCAUCUUUCUUAACUGUGAAAUCCGAUAAAAUCAAGUUCGACGAAAUUUUGUCAUUCAAAUUUAUGAAAGACGGAGGAGACUUUUUCGACUUUGAAGUGGAAACCAACUCAGGUGUGUCACACACUUUCAAAGAAAUUGAAAUUGAGAAUUAUUCUAUUUUAUAUGAUUUUGUGGCUCAAAAGAAAAAUCAUGUUAAAAUCUGGUAAUCCAAAGCCACCGGUUCCACCUCCUCCUCCAGCACCGGGAACAUUUCCACUACUCCCACCGAAUCCAGAGGAACCACCAGGCCUUCCAAAGGAACUCUGACCAAAUGGUCCACCUCCAGACGACCCACCAGAACCCGAGGAACCAGGUGGACCUGUGGUUCCAUCCUCAGUCCCGAUAAUACGAUUCAAAAGACCGAACAGUUUGACUGAUUAAUAAUCCCAAUAUCAAUAGCAAAUUUAAUCUGUCGAUAUUUAUAAAUGUAAAAUAGUCCAUUGUAUAAUUUGAUUUCAAUUAGAUUUGUAAAAAAGAAAAUGACCUAAUUCGAUAGAGAGAUAAAUGUAACAAUUUUGUGAGUCUUUGAAUUUUCCUUCGACUUUUAAAUGUUGAUCUUAUUUACUUGGGUAAUAAGUAUCUACUGAUUGAAUUAAAUAGCUCAACUUUUUCUUCACCUUCAAUUUAAGCCGUUUUUUUGUAGAAUUUAAUUGUUUUCAUAGCUUAUUUGUUGAUUAAUUUUUUUAUU